AUCUUUUUUUCUUAAUUUAUUGCAGUGCACACAGCAGCAUCAUUUGCCUGGAGCAAACAAGCACAGUGCUUACAACAGCCAACAGACCAGGCAACACAAUCCCAUCCUCUGUUCCAUUCAGCUGCUGAAGAGCCCACACAGCUCUUUCCCUGCUUUCUCCGCUAGCUCAGUUGAAUUGGAGCGGUCUGUACCAUCAUUUGUCCCACCCAAUCUAUAAACGCAUUUCAGAUGACUUCAGGAAGGGUGUCUUAAAUGAAAAUUAUUAUGUUUGGACAUCAUCUUGGCUGCUGCAUAUAUCUUGGUUUCAUUUAUAAGGAUAUUGAGGAAAAACUUGGAAUCCAGGAAGAUGGCUGCAUUGUUCUGGGACUUGGAUUGCGCUACAACUCCUCCACAGACACCACCUCUACACUUCAGUUCUGAGUUCAGGCAUACCAGCCUUGUGAGUUCCUAUGAUCGUUCACCCAUGCAAAACAGCUCAGAUUGGCCUUCAAGUGAGCAAGUGGAGUUCACAAGAUUAAACCGCUCCAGAACGAAAGACAAUACAGAAGGAGAAUGGCAUAUGGUAACAGCCACUCGCUCAUUGCUUGGCAGGGAAAGAAGAGGCCAGAGGGAUUGUCUGCAGGACCAGCAGAAAGCGACUAACAACAGCUUGCCAAGAGCGCAUUUUCUCCAGCCAAAUAGAGAAUCAAGUGCUUUUUCACCCUAUGCUAAUGACUUCUGGUUGAAUGGCAAAGAUGCCAAGAACAAUGCUGAGCCCCUCAGAAACAGUCGUAAGCAGCACCCGCUGACACAGCCGGGUUUCUACAGUCCAAAAAUCCAACGAUCGAAGCACUGGGAAGCUGCACAAUCCACAAAAAAGUCUUUAAAAGGAUCUGCUUCCACAAACAACUUGAAGGAGUUCUGUGCUCUCACGUUGCCUCUUCCAUGCUCCAAAACUUCUGUUCUCAAACCCAGCCCUUUGUUUUCCAAACCGCAAGAGGUUAAGACUUCCGUGGUGAAAAAGCCUCCUUUGAUGAGAGCUGUGGUUUCUCAGUCUUCACCAACCUCGAAUCAACCCGGCAAGGAGCACUUCAGCCAACUCCAGCUAAGAGAGGACCAUCUCGUCAAGAACCAGGACUGCAUUUUGUUCAAUCUGCAGGAACCCAAUAUAAAACCUCCCAGAAAUGACCAACUUGCGUGGAGGCAGAGCCAGAAUUCAUUCACUGAGGAUACUUCUACCAAGGAUUAUUAUUCUAUUAACACACUACAUCUCUUCCCUGGACGACAGUCUAGAGCAGACCAGCCUGCAACGUUCUGUCCAAAACUGGAAAAGGUAAGUCAUGAGGGUGUUGACACUGGCAUUAAACCAUCUCAAGGUGACCCUGACUGGUCAUGUCAAGUUCAAGCCAGCCAGACUCAACCUCACUACAGCCCAAAACAAAAGAAGAUACAGUACGAGUACACACUACAUAGAGAAACCGGUGGUGUCAGAAACGGUAACCACAACCAUAUAAAAAGUCAGGUGGAUGUGAACUCAAAGAAUGUGUUUGGAAAGCCUCGAGUGUUCGCAUCACUGCGAGCAGCAUGUUCCCCGCGACCCGUUCGCAAGAGCACAGUGGUGGAGGACUUGAAAAAACUCAUUGUGAUGGAUGACACCGAGGACAGCGCUCAGGGUGAUUCAUCACCACCUCAACAAAAUGAGGCAGAGCUUUGCAGAAGUUUAUGUGCCAGUCCGUCGCUAUUCGGUCCUGCUCAGCGAUUAUACCCAGAGACUCCCACGCUCACACCUGUCCAUUUCCACCUGCAAACACGUCAAACAGAAUGUGUGGAAUUGCCUGAGCAGACUGAAUCUGACCUUUGGGACAGAGACCAACAUCCUAAUCCUCAACUCAUGCCGCUGCCAAGCACAGCCUAUGAUCUUGACUGGAAUAGUUUAGUUCAAGCAGCCCAAGAGUAUGAGACACAAAGGAUGGCAAGCCUUUUGUCAGAAAUGAGUCCUGUAUCAAGCAGGCCAGAUACACCAUCCAAUGAAACCUACAAGAUCCACCAUUCCAGUGCUUAUUGCAGUGGAGAAGAUAUGGAUGACGUAUUCAUUGAAUUCCCCGACCAACUCUCUCACCUGGAAGGGAUGCUUAGGCGACUGAGUAGUGACCUGCUGAAGGAGAAGAGAGACAAAGUGGGACUACUGGCUGAAGUGUUGAAGCUUCGUAUUAGCAACCAGAAUCUGAGAGAAGAGUCCUUCAGUGCAGUUGCACAAUUACACAAAAUCAGCAACAUUUUAAACACAACACCUGAAGGGGAGGAGUAAUUCAGGGUUGGAAGCAAAGACUAC